AUCCAACAUUUCAAUCAUCUUUUGUCACCACAAGCAAGUGGCAUAUCCAUAGUAAAUUUAUUUUGUGACAUAUUCUAAUAUUCUCCACCUUCUACAAUUUUACUCAACCAUCAUUUUCUAUUCUAUGCUGUUCUCAACUUCAUCAUCAUCAUCACAAAGUUCCAAGCUUAAUCACCCCACACCCACAAUUUUUCCAGUAAAAGCAUUCUUGUGAAAAUGUCAGAAUCCAAGGAAGAAAAUUGUGACCUUCCUCACAAGUCAAAGACACAGGAGGAACAUGGCUUUGCCAUGGAUUUUGAUAUUGACUUGGAAAGUUCAUGGCCUUUGGAUCAUAUAUCUUUGGUCUCUAAUCCCAUGUCUCCUUUUUUCUUAUCCACUAUUUCUGAACAACCUUUUUCUCCUGUCUGGGCUUUUUCUGAUGUUGAGGAAGAUAGGUAUGUCAAGAUUGCAGUUUCAGGUAAUACAAAUACAGUAACUGAAAAUCCAGCAGAAAAUGCUGACACCAAAAAAACUGUGUCAUCCCUUGCAGAAAUGCCACCUUUAGAAAACCCAGAUGGUUAUUGUCUAAUAAAGGAAAGAAUGACACAAGCACUUCGCCACUUCAAAGAGUUGACUGAACAGAAUGUUCUUGUUCAGGUUUGGGCACCUGUGAGGAAUGGAAACCGGUAUGCACUUACAACUUCAGGUCAACCAUUUGUUCUUGAUCCUUAUAGUAAUGGACUCAACCAAUAUAGAACAGUUUCCCUCAUGUAUAUGUUCUCUGUGGAUGGGGAGAAUGAUGAAAUCUUGGGACUUCCUGGUCGAGUUUUUCAGCAGAAAAUACCAGAAUGGACUCCUAAUGUUCAGUAUUAUUCUAGUAAAGAGUAUCAGAGGCUAAACCAUGCUCAACAUUACAAUGUUCGUGGAACCUUGGCUCUCCCAGUGUUUGAACCUCCAGGACAGUCAUGUGUUGCUGUACUGGAGUUGAUAAUGACUUCACCAAAGAUUAACUAUGCUCCUGAGGUUGAUAAAAUCUGCAAAGCCCUUGAGGCAGUUAAUUUGAGGAGUUCAGAAAUUUUGGAGCAUCCAUACAAUAAGAUUUGUAAUGAAGACCGCCAGAUGGCAUUAGCAGAGAUUUUGGAGAUAUUGACAAUUGUGUGUGAAACUCAUAAUUUACCUCUUGCACAAACAUGGGUUCCAUGUAGGCAUAGGAGUGUUUUGGCACAUGGUGGUGGUCUUAAGAAGAAUUGCUCUAGUUUUGACGGUUGUUGCAUGGGGCAAGUUUGCAUGUCCAUAACUGAAGCAGCAUUCUAUGUCAUAGAUGCUCAUACAUGGGGUUUCCAUGAGGCUUGUGUUGAGCAUCACUUACAACAAGGUCAAGGGGUUGCUGGGAGAGCAUUUUUGUCACAGAACAUGAGCUUCUGUGGAAACAUAACUCAAUUCUGCAAAACUGAGUAUCCUUUAGUACAUUAUGCCCUCAUGUUUGGGUUAACCAGCUGUUUUGCUAUCUGUUUACAAAACUCUCAUACUGGAAAUGAUGAUUAUGUUUUAGAGUUUUUCCUGCCUUCUAGGAUCACAGACUUUAAUGAACAAAAAAAUUUGUUGGGAUCCAUAUUGGCAACAAUGAAGCCACAUUUCCAGAGUCUUAAGAUUGCUGCUGGAGUUGAACUUGAGGAGGAAGGUUCAAUUGAAAUUAUAGAAGCAAUAAAUAAAAGAGUUUUUUUAAGGCUUGAAUCAAUUCCAAUUACUCACUCUUCUAAGUCACCACCUAGACUUGAUGUCUCACCAAAUAUGAGGGAAAUGGUGCCACUACAUCCAUCAGAACAGCAAAUAGGGACAUUCUUGGAUGACAUAAAUGAUGGCGGGAGUUUUGGUGAUAGUACAGGUGGAUGCAUCAAGCAGAACGCUUCCUUAGGUUCCAAUACGACAAAGAAGCCCUCAGAGAGAAAACGUGGAAAAGCUGAGAAAUCAAUAAGUCUUGAUGUUUUGCAACAUUAUUUCUCUGGGAGUCUUAAGGAUGCUGCAAAGAGCCUUGGUGUUUGCCCUACUACAAUGAAGCGCAUCUGUAGGCAGCACGGGAUAUCCCGUUGGCCAUCUCGGAAGAUAAAAAAGGUUAACCGUUCCCUAUCCAAGCUCAAGUGUGUUAUUGAAUCAGUCCAUGGAGCUGAAGGAGCAUUUGAUUUGAAUUCUCUAAGUACAAGUUCAUUUCCCAUUGCUUCUGUUUCCUUCACUGAGCCUUCCACUUCAAACAAGUUCAACUACCAAGCCUCAUUAAGCAUUAGACCAUCAGAAGCUAAGAUGAAUGAAAAUGAUUUGGAUGCUUCCAAAGUGUCAGAAACAAACAAACAGGCUGGGACGGAAGAUCAAUUGGUAGGAGCAAGGACACAAAGUUUUGAGAAAGUGAUUAAUGAUAAAGGUGGUUCCACUCAGGAGGUUGGCACUAAAGGCACAAACGAGUUUGGAGUUAGGAGUGGCUCAAGCGAAAGCAGUGCAAAUCCUACUUCUCAUGGUUCAUGCCAUGGUAGUCCCCCAAAUGAAACUUCACCUGCAAAAGAUACAUUUACAACAGGCAACAGUGAGCAAUAUCUUGUGUUAAGGGGAUCACUAGAGUCAACACUGUACUCUACUAGUACACAAAACUUUGCAACUGCAUACCCUAUGCCUAACGUUGUGGAAACAGAACUACAAGAACCAUUUGGAGGGAAGCUACUUGAGGGUGCUGGUAGUUCUAAAGACUUGAGAAAUCUCUGUCCUUCAGCAGAUGCAAUUUUGGAGGAUCAAGUUCCAGAAGCUUGCAGGAUUAAUCCUCAAUGUUCUGAUUUGGCUCCUAUACAACACAUGGAUAAUCUUAAUGACCCUAUGACUCAUUUUGCAGCUAGGAAAGAGAUGAAGAGUGUAACUAUUAAGGCAACAUAUAAAGAGGAUAUAAUAAGAUUUAAGGUCUCUUUGAACUGUGGCAUUGAGGAAUUGAAAGCAGAAAUUGCCAAGAGAUUGAAACUAGAGAUGGGCACAUUUGAUAUCAAGUAUCUGGAUGAUGAUCAUGAAUGGGUUUUGAUAGCCUGUGAUGCAGACCUGCAAGAGUGCAUGGAUAUUUCAGGAUCAUCAGGAAGCAACAUAAUCAGGCUUGUUGUGCAUGAUAUACUGUCCAUUCUUGGAAGCUCUUGUGAGAGCUCAGGGGAUUAGUAAGGUUGUAUAUACUUUUAAUUUGUACUCCUUUGUUAGGAUUCUUGUAGUCAUGGGAUGAUAGUUUAAAACCAAAAAAAAAAAAAGAAGGAUUUUAUAUGUGCAAAUUGCAAAAACUUACCAUUAGAUUUAAGCAUCUCCCGAGUUUAAAUAUAUAUGUAUGUAUAUAUUAGAAUGUGAAAGAAUUCACUUACUCCACGAGUAAGUUUGG